UCUCUCAUUCUCUCUUGUGAAUUUUCUCUCAGAUUCUGGGUGAGAUUCUCCAUUCAGAGCAUAUUGUGCACUAAGGACAGUAUUCUGAUACAAACGGAUCGGCUUUAGAGCUGAGUCGUUCUACUGAACCAUUUUUCCACCGAAACAGUUAUUCGCCGAUCUCGAAGGUGUAUAGUCGCACUUAGUAGUGGUCCUACUAAAACACCGUUGAUUGACUAAUGAGAUAGAUUUUUGGUGGUGUUAAAGGAGAGAAAAAAAAUGGUAGUAAAAGUACUAAAAUACCUUUAAUAUUAAAGAGUACCAAAUUUCAGUGUCUGUUUGCAAUUAAAACAAUUUAAUUGAACAAUUUUGUGUGGAGUUGAUGGAAUUUAUUUGUUCGAUAUUUUGAAAGUGAUGCAGACAGGAGUUAGAAAUAAUUGCAAUAGCACAAAUAAUUUCUCGUGGAAGUGGUAAAAAUUCCAUGAAUACAAAAAUAAAAACCCACAUAAAUCUGUUACAUUAAAUUCUUAAGCUACUAAUUGUGACAAUUAAAAUGCUCCCAAUAAAAUAAAUCUAAUACGUCUCGCAGUAAAUUUAAUGUGCUUUCAACUGUUGAAUUAACGAUAAAUUGCAGCAUCAUGGGACGAUAUUCAAUUGAUGUCGAUGUGCUGAAAUAUGGAAAUUGCUGAAUGGAAAAACCAAGAGGAAAUCCGUUAUUCAAGCCUCUGGAGAUUUUUCCAAUAAAGUAACUUAAUCUGAAGGAUAUUUGUAAUGAGAAAAACUUUCUUCGUUGCUCGAUAUUUAAAAAAAAUAUCGAAUAAUUAAAUGGUAUUUCCAAAUUCUCAGUCGUUGAAGGAAAUAUCCUUGUGCAAUAUACAAAGAGAAACAAUUUAAAAAGGAAAAAAAAAUCUCAUAAAAAAUCGCAAGAAAUUGAUAUCGAUAAAAAAGUAUCCUGUUUUAUUUUUUCGUGACAAAAUUUGGAACAAGUGAAAAGGAGCAGUUGAAAAGUGCUGAAUUUUCACAUAUUAUUGAAAUAUUUUUGUGCCCGAGGUGUUUCAGUGAACAAUUGGUUGAAAAUCACAAUUUUAGAUAAAAAAGUUUACAGUGGAAAUGGAACUUUACUCCGGUACAAUGGAAGGAAUAACACAGAUGGAACGUCAGGAAGAUCGAUCAUCGAGAAAUAGUAGUUCAAGUGAUUCCAGUGUAUUUUCAUCAUCUGUAAAAGGAUCAUCGAGUGAGAAGAGUCGUCUUUUGGACAUCACAAGAGAUAAACCAAUAAAGGUGGCUGUUAGGGUGGCGGUUCCUGUAAGGGAUCAUCCCAAGUUUAAUUUCGUGGGAAAACUACUUGGUCCCAAAGGAAACUCCAUGAAGCGUCUUCAAGAGGAUACAAUGUGUAAAAUGGCUGUUCUUGGUCGAGGAUCAAUGAAGGAUCGGAAAAAGGAGGAGGAAUUACGAUUGAGUGGAGAUCCAAGAUAUUCCCAUUUAUCUGAAGAUUUGCACGUUGAAAUAUCAACAUUUGCAGCACCGGCUGAAGCUCAUGCACGAAUAGCCUACGCCCUGGCUGAAGUGAGAAGAUUUCUUGUUCCGGAUUAUCACGAUGAUAUUCGACAGGAACAAAUGUGGGAAAUGCAGGCCUUAAGCUCAUCACAGAAUCAGAGUCAGGAAAUUAGUAAUGCUUCAACUCAUAGCAAUAGUACGGCGGAUUUACUUGCGGGAACUGCUAGUGAAUCAGAACUGAAUGGGACAAGUGAAUGUGCUUCCGGUGGCAAUGGUGUGCUAACGUCACUGGCCACAACAUCAGCUGCCAUUUCAGCACCACCAAAUAGUUCAAUUCUUAUGAUUAGUGGAUCUAAUGGUGAGCUUGAGGUGGCUAAUGCUCUUACACCGCAUCAACCCAAUCCAGCAGCCGUUACUGACCUCGUGGCGGCGGCAGCUGCAGCCGGCGGGACCGUCAUUCCAGCCACGGUAUCCACCCUAACUCCCAACAACUCCAUUCUCACAAUAGCCCCUGGAGAGACAAUUAUGGAUACCCAUCCAGCGCUUCGUGUCGUGAAGACUGUUAACAUAGGGAACUUGGCUCGAAAGAGGCCCCUCCUGGGUGUUCCACGGUCAAGUAUGAAUCCAACAAAGAGGACAGUGAUGACACUCCUGGCACGUGCCAAAAAUGCCCAAGCACUCCAUUCAGCCCGAGGUGGUGUUGCAUCAUCUUUGGGGGAGCCAGUACAGACGAUCACGUCUCCAUUAAUUCUGCAGCAACCGCUCGAUGUGCCUCUUGCAGCUGUACAAAAGGAGAACAUCUUGCAGGAUAUCUGCAAUUUGUCUAGAAAUUAAUUACUAUUUCGUAUGUGGAUGCAUUUGAAAAGAAAUUUUAUUAUAUAUCUCGAAGAGAUAGGAUGAUUUUAAACUGAAGAAGGUCGUAUAUUGGGAUAAUAGAAGCAUGAUAUAGCGGAAAAUGUAGAGGUUUAAAAUGGGAAUGGAACAAAGAGAUUGAAAAAAAGGGCGAAUUCAGUGGUUUCAACUUUCCACCUUCAUCUGCACUAUAUUGUGUGCACAUUUAACACUUCAAGUAUUGAACAAGAGGUGUAUAAUUGAGGGUUUAUUUACCAUUUAGAGUGGAGAAUGUUUGAGAGAAAAAUGGAGCAGACGCAGUAAAAAAGGGAAUUGAAUCACCUUCUCAUAUGGAUGUUCUAUUUAAUAACACUAUAAAUUUGAACAAAGGAUAAAAUUAUCAAACAGGAAGUGAACUACUCGUUAAAAGAUAUCUUCAGUUUGAUUAGAUUUCGCAGAUUUUUCGUUUAAAAAAACAUCACAAUAAAAUCUACACACAUUUAUUAGCAAAUACUUUCCUUCAUUUUAAUGACAUUACAUUUUCCAAUACUAUUUUCAAUAGAGAUACCACUUGUGGUUAUUUACACUUUUGGCCAUUUUAAAUCACUUAAUAGAGUCAAGGUCCCCCAUAUGGGCACUUUAAAACUAAUUAUAGAAGUUUUCGAAAAGAGUUUUAGAACAAAGAAUAAGGGGGAUUAAUACAAGGAAUACUGAAGAAAAUGAAGAAUAUUCCGUGAUCCUUUGUCAUUUAGACUUCCUUACUUCAGCUGUAUAAACAAGGAUAGAGGGACGUGGGGUACAUUUGAAAUGGGGUACCUUUGGAAUUAUAUUUUUUCUCCUAUUUUUUUUAAAUUGAAUUGGACUUUACCUGAUACAAUUUAGGUCUACAAGGCAAUUGUAAAGAUGACGGUCCUAUCACACUAGGAUUUUUACAAUUUAAUUUUGAAUCCAAUUGAGCCAAUUGAGCAUUAAAUUAUUUCUAGAAUUUACUUGAAAAUUCUUACAGCCAGGACACAUUUUGCAAGAAAUUUGCUCAAUUUUAAAUAGUGCCGCAGGAUUUUUGAUUGUGAAUGCCUUUCGGAAAAUGUGUGAUAGUACUUAAAAUGUUUUAUAAGUCACUUAUCUGUUAUGCAAAAGAAUCUCCAAAGCCAGAAGAAAGGGUUGUUGGCAAGGUGGUUCAUGAGGAGACUCUCAUGAAGUGAAUAAAUUUAAUAAAAACAAUUUUCUUCAAUAGACUACUUGUUUAACAAUAAUAAAAUUGAAAUGAAUGAGCAAUUUUAACAUUUUAAUUUGCUGAAUUCAAAUUUAAUUGAGCAACCACAUUUAUGCUGUUUUUAAACAUGUUUUUAUGGGCCAAGUAUUAGUUUAUAUCAAUAAAUAAGCGAAAUUUUAAUGCAAAAUAAUGCAUAGGUACAAUUCAUCUGAAAAUUAAAUUGAAUUUAAAAAUUGAAAAAAUCCUAGUGUGAUAGCACGGUAAAAUACAUUUUGAUAAACCUCGAUUUCUUAAAAAAAAUAGGAGAAAAAUCCCAAUUUCAAAGUAUCCAAAGUCAAAGGUGUCCCACUUUCCCCUAUUCUAAUUCGGAAUUGGCCUAUUAAUAAAAAAAAAAUAUCUUACCAGGCUUUAAACAUGGUAAUUAUUUGCCUAUUUUCCGGUGCAUGAAGUCUACUUAAACUUUAUAUCGGUAUUUAUUCCCAUUUACCGUAGCACAAAAAUAUCCAUCUUCGAAAGUUUCCUUGUCAUCUUCCUUUUCAUUUGAUCUUUAUCAAUUAUUAAUACUUAAUAUCCUUUUUGACUUCUAUUAUUGGAUAUUACAUAUUCUUCAAAACAAUUUCGAACCGUUUAACAGUAAAAAUAAAAAUAUGUGGGAUUUUCUAUUUUAGCCGAGACACACUUGGGAAUAUUAUGAUAGACAACUCAGAGAUUGUAUUCCAGACACAAACCGCAAGGGAGAUUUUGCGAGACUCGCCGAUUCAAAUAUUCUCGUUCAGAAAGAGACACUAAGGAAAAAUAAGUAGUUUUUUUUUGUAACGAGGUUUUGAAAGGGUUUAUAAAUGUUUCUGUACUUUAAUGUAGUUAUCAUCUUGGUUAUUGCAAAUAUUGAUUAGUGUUGAGAACAAGCAAAUUUGAACUCGUUAAAUAUUUUGAUAUUCUGAAAUGUAAACAAAAGAGCUUUUGUUGCAUACUAAUAUAAUUCUAUAUAAGAGGAAUUUAAAGGGGAUACAACAGUAUCUUUAGCAUUUGUAUCAAACUUGUGGGAAGUCAACCAAAAGGUCGUUUAAAGCCUCGUUAAGGCUGGAGAUAAUUUCAUUUCAUUUAAUUUCAUUUAUUUCAAGUACUGUUUUGAGCUAGAGCUCUUGAAAGCAAAAAUUAAAACAGAGAUAUAGGUGUACAAAGACUUCAAUGUUUGUGUGAUAGCGGCCACCGCCGUCUUAGCGUUGGUAACCAACCUCCAGAGUAAAACGGUGGAAAACUAAUUUAUUUAAUCACUUACUUUUUUAUAGAAUUUUUUUUCUACAGUAGACUUUCGCUAAUUCGGCUCUUUUAAGAUCGGGUUACUUUUUAAUUCGGGCAGCAGUUAAAUUCGAAAAAUGUUUGCUCAUAUUUUUCAAGUUUGAUUAUGAUUAUCAAAUGAAGCAAAUAUGCUCAAAUUUGCCAUAGUUUGUCUUAGUUAUGAUGUGUUUUUGCAUUAUUGAGGAGUUUUCAUGAAAUUUACCAUAAAUAUGAGUAUGUAAACUCAAUAUGUGUAUGCAGAUGAAUAAAAAAUCGUUGCAUUUCAAAAACUUUGUCGCCCGAAUUUUUUUCUAAUUCGGGUAACAUUUUUAUCCCAAAUGCCCGAAUUUGAAAGAGUCUACUGUACUUCUGAAAAUCAUACUUUGUAAAAUUUAUCCCUGACCGUUAUUCUAAAACUCCACAACUUUUUUACCGCCUUCGACAACACUGUCAGUUACAAGUUUUGUACUUGUUCUAUGGAAUAAAGAUUAUAAUCACUUUAUUUAAAGUGACUAUAGAAAGCGUCUAGAUCAAAUGGUUUUGUAAAGUAACCAAAUCUCCGCAAACGCCCAUUUUGAGGUAAAGUACUUAAAGUUUUAAGCUAAAUAGAGUAAGAUGGGGUAAUUCUGAAUAAUGUUUAUUUUGGAAUUUUGAGAUUUUCUCAGUGUUUCAGAUGGUCAAAGAGAAAAACAAAAUCAUGAAGAAGUACAAGACUAUACAUUCGAAAGUAAUUCUUUCUCAAUUUUUCACUUCAGAUUACCUAUGCAUCCAGGCCACAAUUGGGCCCCUUAUGCUUCCCUACUCCUAUUCUAUCUUAUCCCCCGAUACGGGUAGCCGCUCCAUAUCACAGCGCAGUGGGCAAUCAGUGCCGCUUCUAUAUCACAGCAUCCCUUCUCGGUGUGUGUUUGGAUCAGUGACAGUGAAUAUUUGUAUAGACUGAAGUACCACUUUCAUACCGAAACUCGUUUCGAAACUCAGAAUUGAAGGGCAAAUUGGUAAUAGUUCUGGAAAAUUCCAAUCAAAAAAUGUGAAUUUGGUAUUUGACACAAUAUAAAGCACAUUGAUAACGUUGGAAAUGCACGCAACUCUCCGUUAUUUGGAUGCUUUAAGGGCGAAAUUGACAGUUAAAAGUCUACCUAGGGUAAAUGUACUAAUUUUCGGCCAGCUUUCAAUUUCGACCACUUCUAUUUUUCCUCAAAUUUCGAGAUGAUGUGAAAAAGAAUUUGGAAGAAUUCCGGAAUGGAAAGAAACUAUAAAAGACAAAUUUAUGGUGGUGUGAUUUUUCUGAAGCUUUUUCAUAUGAAUUAAAAUGAUUGAGUAUAGAUAAACAAAAAGUCGUUGAAUUUCAAAUAGGUUGACACCCAAAUUUAUGUGUAAUUUGUGUGCGAUAUUUCGAUCUCAAAUGCUCGAAUUUGAGAGAGUUUACUUUAAAAAAAAAAUAGAAAA